UCUGUUUUGUUCUCUGUUUCUCUCUGUUUCCAAAAACAGAGUAUUAAUCGCAGAUGAAAAUCUGGGUGAAGCUUAUUAAUGAGUUAACUUCACAUUAUUCUGUUCCAACACAAUUAUCCGUUGGCAAUUCGUAUUUAUAGGAUCACCCAGAUCCAAUCCUCUAUCUCUCUUUCUGUUUCUCUUUUCUAGAACGUCUAAAUUUUAUGUGUGUGCCAACUCACAUUUGGAAUCCAAACAUACAUGAAAAUCUGGUUUUUUUUUUUUUGGGUGUAUUUUUAGUUAGUCUUGUGUGGCUUUAGUUGGCAUUCAACGAAUUCAUAGCAAAGAUUUCGGGGACUUCAAUUAAUGUGUCUCGUUUGGUUAUUCUAAUUCUGAUUUUUUUUUUUUUUUGUCUGUUGUAAAAUGCUGGUUUCACCGUUCUCAUUCUGGCUCCCCACCAAUUGGGGGGACUUUCUUUCUGAGUUUUGGGAUCUGGGUCGGUGUAUAUUUGUGAAUUAGGCUUUUGGGCAUUCUUAAGUUGCGUGAAAGAUAUUGACUUUAUCGCCUGUUUUCCUUAAUCGGGUCGUAUGUGAUUGAGUUUUUUGAUUUGAAGACCUGGGUCGUUGUACAUUUUCAGGAUACGCUUCUGGGGUCUCUCAGUUUGGAUUUGAAUAUACCAUUGUUGUUAGUUUUUUUUUUUUUUUUUUUUUUUGAUUUCUUUGAUUUAGGGAUCUGAGUUAUCUCUCAUUUGCCUUGGAAAAUCUGAAGACUUGGUUUGAAGGGCUAGUUUGGAGAAAUUAUAUCAAUAGGAGAAUUACACAGUGCAAAUAGUAUAUUUAUAGGGAGCUUUCUGUAUAUAUAUAUAGAGGGAAUGGUGGUCGGAUUUCGGGCUCAAUGCCGCUAGAAUUGCAUCAGGAAAAACUGCAUUUUGUGUUGGGAAUAACAGAAUCGAAGAACUUAGCUAGGGUUGUGUUUGGGAAAAGGGGACUGUGAAGUGGAAUUAUGGGCUGCGUUUGCUCGAAAGGGUUCUUUCCGCAUGAAUAUGUGGCUGCGAAUCAUCUGAGUGUUAAAGCAUUUAAAGGAAACAAACAUAAAAAGCGGUUAGGUUCUUCCUUGAGGAGAGAGGAAGCUGUGGUGGAGGGUGAUGGUUGUGGAAAUGAUUCCACCGCACGGUUGAUAACCAAUCCGCCCACAGAAAGUGCAGGUUCUACCACCAUUUCGUGGGAUGAGGGGGAGAAGAAGGUCCUUAAUGAGAAACCGGGAAAACCACAGCUUCAAAAGCGGUCCUCAAUGGAUGUUGGAGGACAAGUAGAGCCUAGGGUAUCUAGGAUAGGUAGUUUGCUCAAUGGGGAAAGAGGAGCACAAGUUGUAGCUGGAUGGCCUUCUUGGCUGAGUGCAGUGGCUGGGGAAGCGAUCAACGGGUGGGUGCCUCGAAAGGCAGAGUCAUUUCAGAAGUUGGACAAGAUUGGACAAGGAACUUACAGCAGUGUAUAUAAAGCUCGGGAUCUUGAAACGAACAAAAUUGUUGCAUUGAAAAAGGUGCGAUUUGCUAAUAUGGAUCCAGAAAGUGUUCGUUUUAUGGCGAGAGAAAUUAUCAUCCUGCGUAGGCUUGAUCACCCAAAUGUCAUGAAGCUUGAAGGUCUGAUAACUUCAAGGGUAUCUGGCAGCUUAUACCUUGUAUUUGAAUAUAUGGAGCAUGAUCUUGCUGGACUUGCAGCAACAACUGGGAUCAAAUUUACUGAAGCACAGAUCAAAUGCUAUAUGCAACAACUACUACAUGGACUUGACCAUUGUCACAGUCAUGGUGUUUUGCACCGUGACAUCAAGGGGUCAAAUCUUCUGAUUGACCAUGAUGGUAAUCUAAAGAUUGGUGAUUUCGGGUUAGCAACCUUUUUCAACUCCAAUCAGAAGCAGCCUCUGACAAGUCGGGUGGUAACUUUAUGGUACCGACCGCCUGAACUUUUGCUUGGUGCUACAGACUAUGGAAUUGCUGUGGAUUUGUGGAGUUCUGGUUGCAUUCUUGCAGAAUUAUUUGCUGGGAAGCCUAUAAUGCCAGGAAGAACAGAGGUUGAGCAACUGCAUAAAAUCUUCAAACUUUGUGGGUCACCUUCUGAGGAGUAUUGGAAGAAGUCAAAAUUGCCACAUGCAACCAUCUUCAAGCCUCAACAUCCUUACAAGCGUAUGGUUGCUGAGACAUUCAAGGACUUCCCUGCAUUGGCAUUGGCCCUUUUGGAUGUCCUUCUUGCAGUAGAACCUGAGGGCCGCGGAACAGCGUCUUCUGCACUCCAGAAUUUCUUCACGACAAAGCCUCUUCCCUGUGAUCCAUCAGCUUUGCCCAAGUACCCACCAAGUAAGGAGUUUGAUGCCAGGCUUCGAGAUGAGGAAGCUAGAAGGCGAAAAGGAGGUAGUGUUAUAGGGCGUGAACGUGAAUCAUCUAGAAGGGGUACCAGAGAAUCUAAAGCCAUUCCAGCACCAGAUGCCAAUGCUGAGUUACAAGCAUCCAUACAGAAAAUAAAAGGGCAACCUAACCCUAAAAGUGUCAGCGAGAAGUUCAAUCCUGAAGAUGAUAGUGGCUCUGGUUUCCCUAUUGAACCUCCCAAAAGAAAAGCACGAAGUGUUCUCUCCCAUUCUGGCCAGUCAACUACUUUCGGAUCUUCACACAAUAUGAAUGUGAAUGAGCAUGAGGCUGUUACAGUUCAUGGCCAAGCUUUCAGUCGUCCAGAGAAUGGCACAGGGUUUAGAUCACCAAGACCUCACAUACCUGGAACUGAAUUGUCCAGGUUUUCCAACUCGGUAGGAAUUCGGGGCAGCGAAGAAACGACUGUGGAUUCACACUGGCCAGAGGAACAUUUUAAUGCAAGAUAUAAGCAUCUGGAUAAUGGUGAAGCCCCUGACAAGCAUCAGUGGUCCCAACAUUUGCUGGAUAGACCUAAAUCUUAUAAAAAGGAUGAACAGCCAUCUGGAAAGGAGUCUGGAACGGCACUUUACACUUCCAAAAAGAACAGGAUACACUACUCCGGACCGUUGAUGCCUCCAGGAGGAAACCUUGAGGAGAUGCUCAAGGAGCACGAGAGAAAAAUUCAAAACGCUGUCCGUAAGGCUCGUUUGGACAAGACCAAGAAAACAGAGAGUCAGAGUGGACAAACUGAAUCGCUACUCCGCUUUGGAAGAAAAGUAAGGUGACCCUCUAGAGGAAAUUUAUGCUGCCAUAAUUUGGAUGCAUAAGCUCCUGCAGAGUUGUAAUUCUCACUCUAGGAAGAAUUACUCCUUUUUGGAAUUUGACAAAGUCUCAACACCAAGAGAUAAAUCAGCAUUCAUGGAGCUUCUUUGGUAAUAUCACUGCCAAAGGUAUGCUAUAAAGUUCUGCCUACCAAAGUUCUUUAUACGAUACAAAAGGUGGACAAGCCUGAAGCAAUGGAAUCCAUGGCCAUUGACUGUUUAUGUUUGGUGUGAAGCCUUUUGGGAUUGACACGCCGGCUAAUUGUUCCAUUGCCAGACGGCGAGAAGGUCUUUUUGGCAUUGUUUAAUUGUGGGAGAUAAUGCACUGUACAGCUGAACCACCUUUACCUCAUUCUAUGCAAAGGCCAGGCAUUGUCUCGGAAUAUGAUGAGUUUUGUCAAGGCCUCCAUCAUUACAAUUUCUUACUCCAAAUGCAUCAAUAUUAUCUUUUUCUUUUGUGUUUUA